AUGGGUCUAUUAACUAAUACACAGAGCGAAUUAAUCAAAGACCAAUAUAAUUUGAUCAAAAAACUAGAAGAACUAUUUAAACAGGCAGAAGGAAUAGUAACAAGGAGUAAAAAAAAUGAAGUACUAGAAUUACUAGAAGAAAUAUGGAAAACAUUCUCGGAGAAUGAUAAAAAAUUAUAUAAGUUAGGUAUAGAAGAUAUACCAUAUUUCAACGAAGGGGUAGGAAAAGAUAUGUUAGAAAAAUAUACUAAAGCAAAAAAAUUACUUUCAAAUACAGAAGAAUCAGAGAUAGACAAUCCAGAAGAUUCAGUAAUAACCACACAAGAAUUCAAAAUAACGAGAGAAGAAGCAGGAAAAGACAAGGAAAUGGCUAGAGAUAAACUAGAAAAUUUGAUGAAAAGACUAAAAGGACUAGAAGAAAUGAUUAAAGAAUUUAGAACAGAAGCAAUGAAACGAAGUGUGCUAAUUCGAAUAAUAGAAGGAAAUUAUGAAAAAAUACAACAAAUAUUGGCAAUAUUAGACAAAGACCAAUUAAGUAAUAUUAAUGAAAGGUAUGAGAUGAUAUUGGAACAGGCUAAAGUAUUUUUGGAUUGCAAAGAUGAAUUUAAUCAUACUAAAAAUCAAGUUAAGAUUGAAAAAGAAGUCAUAACACCAAUUACACAAUUACACGAUUUCGACGGAAGAGAUGAAGAUUGGCAAACUUUCGUAGAAUUAUUUAAAGAUUACGUACAUAAUAAUCGAAAUUUAUCAUCCUCAAUGAAACUUGACUAUUUAAGAUCUCAUAUUAAAGGGGAUGCGCGUAUGACUAUUAGUCAUCUAUUAUCUGGAACAUCAGCAAACUAUGAAGCGGCGUGGGAUACAAAUUUUGACAAAUUACUUGACAUGAAAACAAUUACCUCAUCAUCAGUUUUGAGUUUAAGAGACGCUCAUGAUCAAAUUAAACAAUGCAUUCAACUAAUUGAAUCUAAACAGGCAGAACCUAACUGUGACAAAUUAUACGCGCACAUAAUAAUAAGAAAAUUGGAUAAAGAAGGUAUUCAAUUAUAUGAACAAUACAUUAAAAAACCAAGAGAAAUAAACACACUAAAAGAUGUAUUUGAAUUUCUGGAACAACAAUUCCAAACUCUGGAAGCCCAAAAUAGCCUUAAAACAUCAAGAAUAAACUAUAUUAAUCCAGCAACUGACAUAAGAAUUCAGAACAAUACUAUCCAAUGCCAAUGUUGUAAUCAAUUAGGUCAUCGGAUGUAUAAUUGCAAACGAUUUAUGGACAUGUCGAUUGGACAACGAACAUCAUUAAUCCGCAAUAAACAACUAUGCGAGAUAUGUUUGAGUCAUAAUAAUCGCAUUAAAUGCAACUCUACACACAAAUGCAAAAAGUGUAAUAAAGCUCACAAUUCUCUUUUACACAUGGAAUACAAUUUAAAUCAACGUCAGCAAAACAGCAGAAACAACCCAAAAAUUAAUAAAGAAGGAAAAACUUAUUCAACAAUAAUAAAAGAUAAGAAACAAUUAACCUUACUUCCAACUGUAUUAAUCAGCACAAAAUCAUCAGAUGGAAAUAUUCAUCAAUUGAGAGCCUUGGUAGAUCAAGGUUCGCAAGUAUCAAUGGUGUCUGAGAAGGUAGUUCAAUUAUUGAUAUUAAAAAAAAUGAAACACAUGACCAAAUUGUCAGGGGUAUCUAACACAACGGUUGGUACAUCAAACGCUAGAGUCUUUAUGGAAAUAUCAUCAAGGUUUGGCAUCAAAAAGAAGAUAAAAGGGGAAUUUUUAGUAAUGUCACAUCUAGUAAGAUCAUUGCCAGAAGAAACAAUAGAAAUAGAAACCAAAAUUUGGGACAAUUAUAAACUAGCGGAUCCUGAAUUUAAUAAGAAUGGUUGUAUUGAUAUGAUAAUAGGAAGUGACCUUUAUCCAAAAAUAAUUAAAGAAGGCAUCAAAAAAUACAAUAACCUAAUAGGCCAAGAAACCAUAUUUGGGUGGAUGAUUUCUGGUCAAAUAUUAGCAGAUGCAGCUAGUAAUGAUGUUAUAUCAACUUUAAACUUAGAAAGAUUUUGGGAAAUAGAAGAAAUAGAAAAUGAAAAGGAAAAACCUAAUUCCGACGACGAAUUGUGCCUAGAUCUAUAUAAAACAACUACAAUAAAAGACACUGAUGGAAGAUAUAUUGUUCAAAUCCCCUUUAAAGAAGACUUGUCAUUAGGUAACUCAAGGAAGCAAGCAGUAGCCAGAUUAUUGAGCUUGGAGAAAAAUAUUAAUAAAAAAUUAAAAAAGGAGUACGCUGAAUUUAUGAGAGAAUAUGAACAAUUAGGUCAUAUGGUAAAAACUAAAGACCAAAAUAAAGGAUUAUAUUACAUGCCACAUCAAGCAGUAAUCAGAGAGAAAAGUUUAACGACGAAAUUACGAGUAGUAUUUGAUGCGUCCGCCAAAACAUCUAAUGGAAAAAGUCUUAAUAACAUAAUGAUGACAGGUCCACGAUUGCAAAAAGAUAUUUUUGAUAUUAUAUUAAAAUGGAGGUUAUGGAGAUUCGUAGUAACAGCAGAUGUAGAAAAGAUGUUUAGACAAAUAAAAAUAACGAAAGAACAUCAAGAUUAUCAGCGAAUUCUCUGGAGAGAGAAUCAAACAGAUAAAAUAGAAGAGUUUAAACUAACUACAGUCACAUAUGGAACAGCUUCAGCUGCAUUUUUAGCAGUCCGAACACUACAGCAAAUUGCAGGAGAUUAUGAAGGAAAUGUUAAUAUUAAAAAUACGAUUAAAAAUGAUUUUUACAUGGACGAUUUACUAACUGGUGCCGAUACAACGUCAGAUUGUAAAGAUAAAAUUAAUAAAAUUUUUAAUUGUUUAAACAGUGCAGGCUUUAAAUUACGGAAAUGGAUGUCUAAUAAUCAGUCAAUUUUGGAAAAUGUACCCAUUGAAGUCAGCAAUAAAAUACUUAACAUAAAAGAAGACGAUUCAAUAAAAACACUAGGAUUAAAAUGGAAUCCAAGAGAAGAUGAAUUUCAAUUCUCAAUAAACAUUUUAACAAAUGAUAGAAUAACAAAAAGAAUGGUGUUAUCAGUAAACGCAAAGAUUUUUGAUCCAUUAGGAUGGCUGACUCCAGUUACAAUUACUGCAAAAUUAUUUAUACAAAAACUGUGGCAACUAAAGUAUGACUGGGAUGAAAUUCUAGAUGAACAAGUUCAUAAAGAAUACGAGAAAAAUAAUAAAAAUAUACAAAUAAUUGAACAAACUCGGAUUCCAAGAUGGAUGGAAGUAUCAAGUUUGGACAAUUGGGAACUUCACGGGUUUUCAGAUGCUUCUGAAGCAGCCUAUGCAGCAGCAAUAUAUAUUAAAAUAGGUUCAAAAAUAAACUUAUUGACAGCUAAAAGCAAAGUAGCCCCAAUAAAAAAUAAAAAAACUAUUCCCAAAUUAGAAUUAUGCGGAGCUCAUUUACUAGCAAAAUUAAUGAAUAAAAUAAUUAAAAUAUUAGGCAAUAAUCCAGAGGUCUAUUGUUGGAGCGAUUCUGCGAUUACUUUAUGGUGGAUAAAAGAACCAAGAAACAAAGAAAGAUUCAUAAGAACACGAGCGACAGAAAUUAAAAUUUUAAUUCCGAGUGCAGAAUGGCGUCACAUAAGAACAAAAGAAAAUCCUGCCGAUAUAGCAUCAAGAGGCAUAUGUGCAUCCAAAUUAAUAAAUAAUACUCUCUGGUGGCAUGGACCGACAUGGCUAGCAAAUCCUAAAGAGGAAUGGCCAAAAGAUGACCAAAUAGAUGGUUCUGCAGUCAUCAUAACAACAUUAAGUUCAGAUAAUAAUUUUAUAAACGACUUGAUACAGAAAAUAUCAAAAAUAUCUAGACUAGAAAAAAUAGUAGCAUAUGUAUUAAGAUUUAUAAAAUGCCUAAAAAAUAAAUCCAAAGACACAAAUCAUAUAUCAAAAGAAGAACUUGAUACAGCAAGAAAUGAGAUAAUUCGACAACAUCAAUUAACGCAUUUUGCCGCUGAAAUAUCCAGCAUUAAUCAAGGCAAAGAAAUUAACAGGAUUAGCAAACUAAUUCAUUUACGACCAUUUAUAGAUAAAAAUGGCUUAUUAAGAGUUGGAGGCAGGCUACAAAACGCAACUAUUAAAUAUAACCAAAUGCAUCCAACUAUUCUACAUAGAGAUCAAUAUGCAGAAUUAAUAAUAUAUCAAGCGCAUCAAUCAACAUUACACGGAGGACAAAAUUUAAUGGAAGCACACAUAAAGCAACAAUAUUGGAUUUUAGGAGUAAGAAAAGCCAAAACUUUGGAAAACAAAUAA